GUGGGGAGAGAUGGGAUUUUCCCAGAGCAACCAGGGGCAAGCUAGCGCCCACGCGGAGCAGCGUAGAGGAGCCUCUCCACCCUGCAGGUGUGUUGAAAAACAUCUGUGAACCUGUUGUGCUGCUUUCCGUGGGUCAAGCCUGGUCUCUCGUGCGUGGACCUCGGAAACACCCUGGAGCAGUGUCCGCCCGGAGCUUACUCUGCGAGUCUAGGGUCCCGCAGCAGCGCCACACCGACACGGACACCGAGGGAGGCGGGCAGCCCGUAUGCAAAUAUCCGAGGGGCCCUGGGCUGCCCCUCCCGCUGGGAUAAGAGAAGGGGCGGGGCACGCACCGGACCAUAGCAGCCGCUGCCUCCCGGGAGCCGGCCGUGCGCUCCAGCGGAGCCUCCGGCCGGGUGUCCCCGCGUGUCGUCUACAGCCCAGACAGUCUCCCGCCAUUCCUGACUUACAAACAUGUCCGAGUUUUGGCUUAUUUCGGCCCCUGGUGAUAAGGAAAACUUACAAGCUCUGGAGAGGAUGAACAAUGUAACCUCAAAGUCUAACCUAUCCCACAACACCAAGUUCACCAUCCCUGACUUCAAGGUGGGGACUUUGGAUUCCCUUGUUGGUCUCUCUGAUGAAUUGGGGAAACUCGAUACCUUUGCUGAAAGCCUCAUAAAGAGGAUGGCGCAGAGUGUGGUGGAGGUCAUGGAAGACUCCAAGGGCAAAGCACAGGAGAACCUCCUGGCUAAUGGAGGUCUGAAGGAAAAGAUGAAAUGUUUAAAGAUUGACUUGACAUCCUUCGUGACACACUUUGAGUGGGACAUGGCCAAAUAUCCUGCCAAGCAGCCACUGGUGAGCGUGGUGGACACACUGGCUAAGCAACUGGCACAAAUCGAGACAGACCUGAAGUCCCGCACAGCUGCCUACAGUGUUCUGAAGGCCAACCUGGAGAACUUGGAGAAGAAAUCCACGGGGAACCUCUUCACCCGGACACUGAGCGAUAUUGUCAGCAAGGAAGACUUCGUACUCGAUUCUGAAUAUCUCAUAACCCUGCUGGUCAUCGUUCCCAAGUCAAACUAUGCACAGUGGCAGAAGACAUAUGAGUCCCUAUCCGACAUGGUGGUCCCUCGGUCAACCAAGUUGAUCGCCGAGGACAAUGAAGGUGGCCUCUUCACGGUGACUCUCUUCCGCAAAGUGAUUGAAGAUUUCAAAGUCAAAGCCAAAGAGAACAAGUUCAUUGUCCGGGAAUUUUACUAUGAUGAAAAAGAAAUUAAAAGAGAAAGGGAAGAGAUGACCAGGUUGCUGUCUGAUAAGAAACAACAGUAUCAAACUUCCUGUGUUGCCCUUAAAAAGGGAUCAGCCACCUACCGGGACCACAAGGUUAAGGUAACCCCGCUAGGUAACCCUGCUAGGCCCGCUGCGGGGCAGACCGACAGAGACAGAGAGAGUGAGGGCGAGGGCGAGGGACCUCUGCUGCGCUGGCUCAAGGUGAACUUCAGCGAGGCCUUUAUUGCCUGGAUCCACAUAAAGGCCCUGAGAGUAUUUGUGGAGUCUGUGCUCAGGUACGGACUUCCAGUGAACUUCCAGGCUGUGCUCCUGCAGCCCCAUAAAAAAUCAGCCACCAAGCGCCUGAGAGAGGUGCUUAACUCUGUCUUCCGGCACUUGGACGAAGUUGCUGCAGCGAGCAUACUGGAUGCAUCCGUGGAGAUCCCUGGACUGCAGCUCAGCAACCAGGACUAUUUCCCCUAUGUGUACUUCCAUAUUGACCUUAGCCUUCUUGACUAGGUGACCAGCCUGUUUGAUUGCAGCCUCAGACAGACCUGCUCUAAGCCAGACACAGUCCUGCAGGGUUCUGACUCAAGAUACUCCCAGAUGUUUGUUAGAGUGUAUUUAUUUUUUUAACUUACAAUAAAGUGCUCAGUCCUCCGAGUCUUUUCUUGUGUCCUAACAUAACUGGCUUUCUCCUAAGCAUUCUUCAUAAAGUGAAAUGCCUUUAACUUGGUAAACCACUAGGCUAAUUUAUUUGUGGGGUUUUUAAUGGGUGAUUAGUAAGAACAUUGAAAACCUGAGCCUAAUAGUCACCAGUGAAGCCAAAUACAGACUUUGUGGCAUGAAAUGUGGUUCUCACUUGGUUAUCAAGUUUUCCAUACAGAACCACAUUCUUGCCAAAACAUCUGUUUUUCCAUUUAAAGACAUUUCUACAGGGAGGUUGUGAUGUGGCUCAUGUGGGCUAGUUUUCAGGCUGAAUAUCAGACUCUGGUUUUAUGAUGUGCUACUAAUUUCAUAUUUAUCAGCAUUGUCCAAAAUAUCAUUUUAUUCUUUAAUGGAAAAAGCCAUUAAUAUUCAAACAAAGGAAUCACAUUUUAAAAACCCUAUACAUAAGAAACAGCCUCCAAGAAUAUUCAAGCAGCAGUCAGGAGGGAAAAAUGUUUCAACAGCCCCAUUUUCUUCAAAGUAUGCCAGAGAAUACAAUCCAAUUCACUGCUACAAUUCAUAGAAUUCUUCAGUGUUUUCUUGAGACGCCGAGGUUCACUGUUGCAGUGUUUCCUGUGAAAGGCCAGUGGCAGA